AUGAACAGAAGGCUAAGGACCAGGAAGAACAGCAGAAGUCUAAGAAACAAACAAAGGAAAAAGACAAAGACAAAAGCGAAGCAGAAAAGAACAAGCAAUCCGAGAAGCCUGAUAAUCAAACUCAAGAUAAGCAGAGCGUUACACAUGACAAUAAAAAAGACGCAAGCAAACAGCCAAGCACUGCUACAGAUUCAAGUAGCAAAUCACAGGUAA